UGCUCAGUGAUAGCUGGCAGUGACAUCCUCAACGUGACUCUCCACAAGUUAGCAAGAAAAAGGAUAUGUGGAGAUGAGUUGUUGCCUGUCUUCGCUACUGUACAACAGAAACACAUGAUAAAACAAGAUCAGUGUCGAUAGUGAAUCGUAUGUUUGCUGAACAUGGAAUUGACUCUUAAUAGUUCCCUUGUGUUUCAAAAUGGCAACCUAGCUGUGCUUAGGUAGCUAACUUGUUUAGCUACUUGUUCGAACUUCUUCAAGCUCUGCAUACUGCAUACAUACCACUGGCCAGUGUAAGAGGACGGGUUUUGAUUUGCCAACGUAGAGGACUUAUUUUGGCUGGCAAGCUCGGGGGCUACACUUUCGGUUGCAGUGGUCGAGAUAGCUUUAACGUUGUUGAUUGAGUGGGGAUAUUGAAAGAGCUUAAGAAUGGGAAAGAAAAAAGCAGGGAAGAUGGAACGGUCUGGGAAUCGGGGGAAAGAUACGCGACACAAGAUGAAGGGGAAAACAUUGGAGACCUUCACUGAGGAGAUGCAUCACGCCUUGCAAGCCAGUGAGGAGGCACACGCGGAGGGGGCAGAGGUGGUGAAGCUGCCAUGCCCGUUGGCAAUGUGGGACCUGGGCCACUGUGAUCCAAAGCGCUGUACAGGCAGAAAGCUGGUGCGCAAAGGCCUGGUGCGUGGGUUGCGUCUCAACCAGCGCUUCAAUGGCCUAAUCCUCAGUCCCAUGGGCACCAGAUACGUCACCCCUGCUGACAGGGAGAUUGUUGCUCAGAGAGGCCUUGCGGUCAUCGACUGUUCGUGGGCUCGAUUGGAGGAUACUCCCUUUAAUAAGAUGAUUGGUGCUCACCCACGACUGUUGCCCUAUCUUGUCGCUGCCAAUCCAGUCAACUAUGGUAAACCCUGCAAGCUGUCUUGUGUAGAGGCUUUCGCUGCCACUUUUUGUAUCGUGGGUUUUCGGGACCUAGCAGUGUUAAUUCUCAAGAAGUUUAAAUGGGGAAAUGUAUUCCUGGACCUUAACCAAACCAUACUGGAACGCUAUGCAGCUUGCCAGUCAGAAGAGGAGCUGCUGGCUGUGGAAAAAGAAUACCAAACCUCAGCCCCCCAGGAGGAAGAUGAACUAGAUCCCUUUGAUGUAGAAUCAGGCAGAGAAUGUAUGAAUCUGAAUCGGCCCAUGAGGAGAGAUGAGGAUGAGUGUGAUGAAGCCGAGACAUCUGAAGAAGAAGAAGACCAAGAGGAGGAGGAGGAGGAGGGAAAAGUUAGCCAGACAACCAAAGAGAUUUGUAAUGCUUACUGCCUCACCAAUGAGACAAGUUCAUAGCACCAGAGCUCGGAUCACUGUUCAGCAACAGAGGCUUCAGUGGUCUGUAUUGUGACUAAAUUUGCUGCAGUACUUCUGUCAAUCAAGCUAUUGGGGCAAUGGCAGACUGAUUUACAGAAUGUCUAUUGUUUGUAAUUGUUACAUUUGAGACCAUCUUUGGUCUUCUUGCGCCCCUCAAUCUUAGCAUUGUGGCUAUAUCAAGUGCCCCCAGCAGACUGCCGUGCCCUAUAAAUAGUAUUUUGUACAUACAUUUAACAUAUUUUAAGGUCACUUUGCUGCACAGAUUACCAACAAAUGAUAUCACAUGAACUUCAACUUACAAUUAAUCUACUUAUUUACUUGUUACUUAUUUAAUAAGAAACACAUAACCAUUCAUGUGGUCUGCCUUUAAGCGUAACAUAUUGUAGUUUCUUUACUCUUGUUUUGUUUACAGAUGUAAAUACUGAUAACAAAAGGGACCAUGAUCGGCCAAUUAUUAUCUCCUAGUGACUUGUAUUGUAAGGAGAAAAAAAAGGAAAAAUUAAGUCGAGGCAUCGGUGACAGACAAAAUGCCUGAAAAAAAGUGGUUGAUGGAAACAGACGGAUGGGUGUAAAGUUCUGUAAAAUCAUGGAUGGCAUUCCAAUACUAGAGGGCUGUACUAUGAAGUGAGAUAACUGGUAAACUCUGGUAACUUUGGGAGUAACCGCUGAUCUUUAUAAGAACACAGCACUGAGCAGCUAUUGUUUCUAAAGUAACGUGUUUGGAGAUAAGCGGUCACUCCUGAAGUUACCUGGGUAAGCAAGUAACCUUGCUUUGUACAUACCCCUCAGGACUAGACAGAAUUCUGUGCUCUCAGAUUUUGUAAUGGUAAAGGGUUGUUAUAUGGCAUACUAUGUGAGACUGUAAAGAGAUUAAGCUGUGUUAAUUCUGCAUUUCUUAUUGGUUUCUGGCAAAAAAAUUGUUUUAAUUGUUUAGUAACAUUUUUUCACUUCCAUAUAGACGUUCAGUCUCUUGUUAGUGUCUCACUGACAGGAUGCAGUAAAUGCACUACACACACUUUGCACGUCACAGAAAUAUUCCACGUACAACUUUGAAGACAACAUAGCCUAUUUCCUUAGACAGCGUACCUUGCUGGGAUGACUGUUUGUACAUAACUUUUCUAUGUAUUGAAACUUACCAAACUAUCCUCCAAUGAAUUAAGCUGAAUGUCUGUUUUAUAUAUUCAGGCAAACUUGUAGCUGAACACAAACUGGACUGUUAUAUGCUAUAAAAAAUUUCCACGUUGGUAAA